AUUUGAUUCAUUAUUUAUAAAACAUAUUAAAAUAUAAAUCUUAAUAAAAAUAAAUAUGUGGCCACACUACUCUCCAAUUAAUAACAUCUGAUUGUUUGUCAAAAUAUUCUUUAUACGGCUACAACUGUUUUCGAAAGGAAAUUACGUAAAAUUCAUUUACAAUGUCGAUCCUGAAAUCACAAUAUUACGAUCAUCCUGAUGGACAGGAUGCAUUUGGAAAAAUAGUGGCCACAAAUAAAUAUGCCAUUGGCACCGGACUAGCAUGGUCAACUUUCGAUGUAUUAAUGUUAUCCAAACCACAAGGAUACCUACCAACAUUAGCACGAUUUGCAUACAACACAGGUCCAAUGAUGGGCAUGGCAACUGCGUUCACAUUGUCAACUUUGGUUGCGACGAAUGUACGCGCCAAGGAUGACAAAUUGAAUUAUGUUAUUGGCGGUUUUGCCGCUGGUGCUGUGUACGGUGCAUGGAGACGGAAUCAUGUUGCCGGCCUCGUUGCUGGUCUGUUUCUUGGUAUAGCAGGUGCUGUGAAAAAACUAUCAAAGGAAGAAGGAUGGGAGUUUUUUCCACCAAUCAAACAUCAACAAGGUUCUUUAAAUGGUGUUCUUCAUGACUUUACUCUGAUGAAAGACCCUGCCAAACGUACCGCUGAGAAUUAAAAAUAAAGAUGUAUGCAAAAGAAAAACGAAAAACAUUUGCUUUUAAAUAUUGUAAAAAUUUACAGUUAAGUGUAUUAAAGAAGCAAAUUAGAAAUUAAUACAAGUACAAAGCCUUGCUAGUGUACCGAAUGCUUUAUAUUUAAA